AUGGAAGUGGUGAAGCUUGCAACAAACAUCUUUCCGAUUCGUACCGAUCCAAAUCGUGAGGUCUACCGCUACGACGUGAGUGCUGACUUGGUGACGGGAGUUGAAACAAGAAACAGGAAUGGAGGAGUGAUCUCAAUGAAUCGAGGACCAAAGGAUGAUACGCUGAUGACUCGUCGUUCGGAAGCAGUUCGUGCCGCUCUCAAAGCGGCUUUGGAGGCUUAUCGUAUUCUCAGCGAAACUGGUGUUACAGUCUUCGAUGGAACUACUAUCCUUUUUUCAAACGAAGACCUCGCUAUGGCUCUGAAACCGCAUAACGGCACUCUCACUCUGCCUGUAGCACAGCUCCAUCCAAACAUCAGGUCCAUCCUUGUUUCAGGAGAAGCAAAAGAAAUUCGAAUCACCAUUCGCCCUUGCACUGAUUCGGCUCAUCACUUCACUAUUGGAGAUGCGGAAGCGAAGAUUGCCAACGGAGAAAGUGACCGUCCUCUUCGACAAUUUUAUGAAUUGCUUACUAACGAAGGAGCCCUCAAAAAGGGAAUCCGCUUCAUUGAAGGCGCCGAGUACAAGGAAACCACGCCAGAUGCUCGAUUAGUGGCGGCCCUUGUAUUGGAUGCGAAGAUUGGAACUUUUUACAAAGCGAACGGACUUGUUGAAACAAUCGCUCAACUGAACAGAUGGCAAGGCGUUCAUCAAGUUCAAUGGGAUCCGGCUGCAAUCAAAAGGACAAACACUUAUUUGCGCGGUCUACGAACUCUCCAAUUAUGGCUGGAUUUGGCAUCUCUGUUGAUUCAAAGCCUUUGCAAGUUACUGGCUUCCGUCGACCUGCUCCGAAAAAAGCUGACUGGAAACAGUUACAUUGCAUGGAAUGAAAAUCCACGAGUUCUACCACAAAUUCAAGCAUUUGCCGAGCGCUUCAAGAUCGAAGCGGACCGCAAAGGAAUAACAAUUCGCUCACUUGAAGUCGAAAAUGCGCCAACAAAUCUUGACGAUGAAGUUCGAACUGGAAAUCUAUUUGCCAAGGCAAAGAAUCAACGCAAAAUCCUCGGUGCAAAAGCUACGAUCAUGAUCAUCUACAUUUCAAACAAGUUCGUUGAUCCUGCUGGCCGAAUUCCAGAAACGAGGUCUCAUGGGCUCCUGAAAUUCUUGGAAGCGAAACAUCAAAUUGUGACGCAACAUCUGGCAACGGAAACUAUCCUCGGCAAAAAGCAAUACGACAACUCAAUUAAGCCGAUGGAUAAUGCGACUAUGGAGAACAUUCUCAACAAGUUCAAUUUGAAGGCAUUUGGAUUAAAUUAUACGAUUGUGCCGGAGUCUUUCGCAAAAGAUCACUGGUUUGGAUCAACGCUUAUUAUGGGUUAUGACGUCUGCCAUCCAACCGGCCAGACAGUCGGCGAACGUGCUCUUGGCUUUGCUGUUGAAAAUCCAUCCGUGGUUGGGUUUGCACACAACGGCUGUGAGAAUCGCGAUGCGUUUGUCGGUGAUUUUGCAUUUCAAGAACCUCUCCGGGAACGGGUUGAUGAUCGCCUUCUAAACGCAAGGACGAAAUGGAUGCUGAAGUGGUGGCAAAAGCGACGGGACCCCAAAUUGCCGGAAAAUUUCUUUAUUUUCCGUGAUGGAGUCUCGGAAGGACAAUAUGAAAUGGUUUUGAGUCAAGAAUUGGGUGCCAUUCAAGAAGCUUGUGAUGAAUACGAAGUUGGAUACAAGCCAAAUUUUUUGCUGGUGGUAGUAACGAAGCGUCAUAACAAACGCUUUUUCAAAGAGGGAAGUAAUGGAGCAGUUGGAAAUCCCGAGGCCCUUACUGUGGUUGAUCAAGAAAUCGUCAGGACGGAUCUGACUGAGCUUUUUAUUCAGUCGCAUCACGCAAUUCAGGGAACAGCAAAGGCGACUCAGUAUGUUCUUCUCUACAGCUCGGAUCCAUCAAUUACGCAAGAUACUCUUCAACCCUUGAUUCUGGCUCUCACUUUCCAACACCAGAUCUGCAAUAUGCCUGUCUCAAUUCCUGAGCCUGUUUAUCAAAGCGGGCAAAGGGCAAAGCGAGGCAGUGAAUUGCUGAAAACAUAUCGCGAUCUGAAGUUCCCGCUGGCUAGGAAAAAUGGCGGAGAUGGACGUGACAAAAGACAACCGAUUGACUGGGAAGAAAUGACCAAGCGUCUCGAGCUAUUGAGCAUCUUUGUGUUCGACAAUGUUCGCACUCGUCCAAUCGACAACAUCAUCACGAAUUUCAAGAUUGCCACCGACAACUUGGUUUGCGGAGUGAAAGUCUCGACGGAGUUGUGGUCUGCACGAAGGAAGACACGGAUGGGACCUAUGCGUGAAACGCUGAAAGACACGCUGACCAAAAUUCUCGAGUUGAAGGAAGACCUUUCGUUCGUUGAUCAGAAAGAAGUAAAAGAAAGUGAUGAUGAAAAGUUGAGUCGAAUGAUUGAUCAAUCGGCUUUGGAUUUGGCACAACGAGCAAACAUUUUCAAUGAGGAUAAUCGAACGGUCACUUUUCGCAAGCCAUUUUACACGAAAUUCAAGGAAAAGUUUGUACGUGAUAUGGGCAAAAAGAUGGAGCAGCAAUGUACGCAAAUUUUCGAUAAAGGGAGUCUCAUCUGUUCACAAGCUUUUGCUGCAUUAAAAAAACAAUGUCAACAACAAGUGCCGUUCUUGUUGAGCACUUUAAUUUGCAAGCCGCUUGACGCUUUGGAUAUUUGUGAGAGUGAUAAACGAAAAGAACAAGGCUACGACGUAUGCAAUAGUGUGCUAGGAAAAAAUUCGCCACAAGAUUUUGAACAAGAAAGCAUCGAUAUGCGUAACAUUGCAAAGCAAAUUGCUGAAGAAAUGGAGACAAAGAUUCGAGUGGUAAUGGUGGAGGCACCGAGAGUUGCAUCAACUCUUCACAUAGAAACCCUGCAAGCAAAAAUUCGUCAGCUGAUGCAAUUAGCAAAGGACCUUUUCAAAUCUUUGCAAAGUGUUCUCGUCGCCCUUCUCGUUUUGGCCAUCUAUCUCGAUUUUGACAAAGCUCUCAAGAUGUCUGAUGCGUACACGAAUGAUUUGGGCUUCGAAAAUCGGAGUAUUACCUCUGCUUUCCGCAAAAUCGAUCAUGAGAGGGAAACGAGAAAUCAAAAGGCUCUUCCAUUUAUUGGAAAGUUAUCGAGCUUGGAGAAACGGCAGUUAGGGAUUACCGGCCAAUAUGUCAGGUUUCCAAAAUGGGAAGAAUUAAACCAACUCUGGUUAACCGUUUCGAAAUUUGCGACUCUUUGUGUGGUGUUGAUAAUAAUUGUAGCCGUUGAUCAUUUGCUUUAUCGAGCAAUGAAUGUUAUAUUUGAAGGGAUCCCGAAAGACGUCAACAGCACACAAUUACCGACACUUCAUUUAAACGUGACGGGCGUGGGGAUCUUCCCGAAAAUGCUGCGGAAACUCUUCCAACUUAAAAAUGAAACCGUUCAUCCGAUUUUUGUUUUGGAUGAUUGCUUGAUAGAGCCAUCUCGACCCGAUUAUGAGUAUGUGGGUACGAUUUUCCUUCCAUUCCUUUUGCUCUUCUUUUUCGAGAUUUUGCUUGCAUUUUUACCGAAACGAGUGAUCUUGUUCUGCGUCUUGCCCUAUAUGUUUCCCCGAAAAGCCCGUGCUCGUGUGAUUUGGCUCUACAACUUGUGUUUGAAACAUCGUUUGAUUGCUCGUGAAGAGGCUCGUCGACGCAUUGCUUUCUUCGUCAAAUGGCGAAAAGAACGAAAAGGAGAGAAAGAUGAGGAAGAUGAGGACGAUGAUGAUUUGUACUUCUGUUUCGCGAAAAACUCAUUGAUACGCCGCGUGAUCGUCGACAAUUUGUACAGGCCAUUUGAGUGUUUCUUAUGUCAAACAUAUCUUCGCGCGUGGCAAACACACAAAUGUGAACAAUGCCCUGCCACAUAUUGCAAAUUGUGUUGGACAGAGCUGACGGAGAAAUGCUACGCUUGUCAGGUGGAACACCAAGAAGCUGCGAUCGACCCG